AUGCAUCACCCCUGCAGGCUUCUGGAGCGCCGGCAGCCGGGUAGGGAGACAAUCGAGCUGACAGCAGAGGGCCGGGCAGUGGAAGUGACUGAGAAGCACCGCCCAGUUGUGGACUGUACGUGCUGUGGCCUCCCACGCCGCUACAUCAUCGCCAUCCUCUGUGGCCUCGGCUUUUGCAUCAGCUUUGGCAUCCGUUGCAACCUGGGUGUGGCCAUCGUCAGCAUGGUCAACAACAGCACCGUCCACCGUGGUGGCAAGCUGGUGGUCCAGAAAGCCCAGUUCACCUGGGACCCUGAAACCGUGGGGAUGAUUCACGGCUCCUUCUUCUGGGGCUACAUCGUCACCCAGAUCCCUGGCGGGUUCAUCGCCCAGAAAUUCGCUGCCAACAGGGUCUUCGGCUUUGCCAUUGUGGCCACCUCGACCCUGAACAUGCUAAUCCCCUCGGCUGCCCGCGUGCACUACGGCUGCGUCAUCUUCGUGCGCAUCCUGCAAGGGCUGGUGGAGGGGGUGACAUAUCCGGCCUGCCAUGGGAUCUGGAGUAAGUGGGCCCCCCCGCUGGAGCGCAGCCGCCUCGCCACCACUGCCUUCUGCGGCUCAUAUGCAGGCGCAGUGGUGGCCAUGCCCCUGGCCGGGGUCUUGGUACAAUACUCAGGGUGGAGCUCUGUCUUCUAUGUGUAUGGGAGCUUUGGGAUUUUAUGGUACCUGUUCUGGUUGAUGGUGUCAUAUGAGAGCCCAGCCCAGCACCCCACCAUCACGGAGCAGGAGCAGCGCUACAUUGAGGAGAGUAUCGGAGAGAGCGCUGGCCUUGUCAACCCCCUCAAGAAAUUUAGCACACCCUGGCGCAAGUUCUUCACAUCCAUGCCUGUCUACGCCAUCAUCGUGGCCAACUUCUGCCGCAGCUGGACCUUCUACCUGCUGCUCAUCAGCCAGCCAGCCUACUUUGAGGAGGUCUUCGGCUUUGAGAUCAGCAAGGUGGGCCUGCUCUCAGCCCUCCCCCACCUGGUCAUGACCAUUAUUGUCCCCAUCGGGGGGCAGAUCGCUGACUUCCUGCGCUCACGGAGGAUUAUGUCCACCACCAAUGUCCGCAAGAUGAUGAAUUGUGGGGGCUUUGGCAUGGAGGCGACGCUACUGCUCGUGGUGGGCUAUUCUCACACCAAGGGCGUGGCCAUCUCCUUCUUGGUCCUGGCCGUGGGGUUCAGCGGCUUUGCCAUUUCAGGGUUCAAUGUGAACCACCUAGACAUUGCCCCCCGCUACGCCAGCAUCCUCAUGGGCAUCUCUAAUGGCGUUGGCACCCUCUCGGGCAUGGUGUGCCCCAUCAUUGUUGGUGCCAUGACCAAACACAAGACGCGUGAGGAGUGGCAGUAUGUGUUCCUCAUCGCCUCGCUGGUGCAUUACGGGGGCGUCAUCUUCUACGGCAUCUUUGCCUCAGGGGAGAAGCAGCCAUGGGCUGAGCCAGAGGAGAUGAGCGAUGAGAAGUGCGGUUUCAUCCACCAGGACGAGUUGGCCGAUGAGGAGGAUGAGGCAGCGCGGGUGGCUGAGGGCCUGGGGGGCAGCGGUGGCAGUGCGGGUGGCUAUGGGGCCACCCAGAGCACCAGCUUCACCAACGGGGGCUGGACCGCUGACUGGGACCGCAAGGAGGAGUUCGUACAGGAGCCCGGCAAGGAUGCCUACAUGUAUGGGUCACUGGGGGACAGGGACCUGUCCUAAGGGGCCAGCUAGCCCCCUGCCUUGUGCCCCUCCACCACACACACACACACUGCUCUCUUGGUAUGACCCAGCAGGUUAAAGGGGUGAUCCUGAGACUAGCUACACCCCCAGUCUUCAGCUCCUCACAUUACAUGUUGGUAUGACCCAGCAGGGUAAAGGGCAGGCCUGAGAUUAGCUAUACCCUUGCUCUAUGGCUCCCCCCUCAUUCCAUGUUAGUAUGGUCCAGUAGGUUAAGGGUGGGUCUGAGAUUAGCUACACCCCGAAUCUGCAGCUCCCCCCCAUUACUUGUUGGUAUGAUCCAUCUGGGUGAAGGGCAGGCCUGAGAUUAGCCACACCCCCACUCUGGGCUCCUGCCAGUCCGUGUUGGUACAAUUCAGCAGAGUGAAGUGCUAGGGAUUAAUCACAAGGAAGUUUUGCAGCUGUCCCCCACUCCAUUUCGGUACAGUCCAGCAGGAUGAGGGAUGGGCCCAGGAUUAGCUGCACCCCUAUUCUUCACCUCCCCCAGAUUGGUACAGUCCAUGAGGGUGGGGCUGAACCAUUACUGUGAUCUGUGCUUCUCAGGUGCCUGUGCUUUGGUACGGCCCAGUACAAGGGAAGAGGGGCGGAUACAGGAGUCUAUUGAGCAGCCCUGCCCUGGUCCCCCAUCCCCUUGCCUCUGCAUCGAUACUGUGUGGCAGGAUGAGAGGGUGGGGCUUAGAUUGGCCCUGCCUCCAUGCCACAGGCCCCACCCCAAGGGGCACCUGCAUUGGUAUGACCCAGCAGGGGGGGCGGUAUUGGGGCUUAUGUGUGGCCCCAUACCCCGUGUGCAGUGAUACAAGCACCUAGAUAGACCACACCCCUACACACCCCUCUGGGGCACCUGCACUGGUACAAUCCAGGAUGGGAUAGGAGGGUGUACCCGAAUUUGGCCACACCCCUGCAGUUCAGACGGUAGCCAAAUCCCUUUAUGAGCAUCUCUGCAUUGGUACAGCCCAUUGGGGAGAGGGAUAGAUUUUUGACGUUUACCAUUUUAUCAAACCCACUCCCCCCCACAAAUUUCUGCAUUGGUACAACCCACCAGGGUUGGGGUGGAGGGGUUCCAUUUACAUGUGCCUGGAAACAGGGCUUGGGAGGCGGAGAUGUCUGAGUUUUGACCUCCUGGUCUGGUGGGGCAUGAUUUAACCCCAUGGCCUGGAGCAUUUGCCCUUUGGCCUCUCGGGGUUAUAUUUGCCUGCAGGUGCGAAGGCAGUGUGACUUUUGCCCUUGGGCUGGCUGGGGGUUGACCUUUAACUUUAGGUCUGGUUUACUGACCUUUGGCCUUGAGCCUCCCCUCAUACUUCUCUCCCCAUUGUUGGGGAGCAGAACUAGCCCAAGGAUCUUUGGAGCGGGGCUAGCCCAGGGUAGGGGGCAGUGCCCUAGGCUGUGUGAUGGGGUGUCAAUACCCAGCCUCUGAGUGGCUGUUUCCACGCCCCCCACCCUGCAGACUCGUUCUCCCCGCAUCCUUUGAACACAAGUCACCUCCCAGCCAGCAAGUUCCCUGCCCCACAUGGCCAACCCCCCGCCCCCUCCAGGGGUCUCGGGUGGGCCAUGGUGGCCUCCUCCCUGGGCCCUGGGUUACUUUCUCCUCCCAAGUUGGCAGUGUCCAGCCCCCGCCAUCCGACUGCCCCCCUGCAACUCUAGCUGGGCCUGUUGAACUCUGACCUUUUAGGCUGGUGGGGUCAAUCUGGUCUCACUCCCCCCCCCCCGGCCCUCCCUGACCAGCUGACGCUUUGAGUUCCCCCGUGUGCAACCUAGCAGCCGGGGCACCCCCAACAACUGUUUCCAGUCUGCCAGAGCCCUGCUUUCGAACAGUUUCGAGGUCUUCCCAUGCCUCUCCUUGCAGCCAUGAGAUGCUGUGGCCUCUGCCAUAUUUUGUCCCACAUCUGGUUCUCAGCUGUUGCCACCCGGCAUGUGGCAGAUGGUGGGGGACCCUGUAUGUGUGUGUGUGUGCGCGUGUGCGUAUAUGUGCGAUGGGGGAGGGGGAUGCUUCUGGCCUGGCCUGUGGCCUCCUCGUACCUCCCCUACUCUGUCCUGGGAUCGGCCUGUCGCGUUGCCCCGUGUGUGUGACUCCUUCCCUCCAGCCCUGGUGCGGAAUCUACCCCCCCAGUGUAAAUAUAUAAAUAUAUAUUAUAUAU